CGGGAUCCGGACAGCGGGCCGCCGGGGCGGGCCAGGGCCUACCGAGGAGGGCCUGAGGCCACGGAGCCGCCGCGGCGGGCGCGCGGGCGUGUGGGGGUGAGGGAGCUGCGAGGGCCGGGGGUCCCGGGCGCCAUUGCGGGCCGUCAGAGAGCCGCCCGGCCCCGGUCUGCCCCCGCUGCUCUCCUCCGGCCGAGAGGAGCCGCGGCUCGGGGCCGUCGCCACCCUCUGGCCCGGUGUCGUGAGUUGUGUGCUCCUCUGCCGCCCGCGGCGGGCCGCCGGCGCCGAGACCAUGUUUGACAAGACGCGGCUGCCGUACGUGGCCCUUGAUAUGCUCUGCGUGUUGCUGGCUGGAUUGCCUUUUGCAAUUCUUACUUCAAGGCAUACCCCCUUCCAACGAGGAAUAUUCUGUAAUGAUGAGUCCAUCAAGUACCCUUACAAAGAAGACACCAUACCUUAUGCGUUAUUAGGUGGAAUAAUCAUUCCAUUCAGUAUUAUUGUUAUGAUUGUUGGAGAAGCCCUGUCUGUUUACUAUAACCUCUUGCACUCGAAUUCCUUUAUCAGGAAUAACUACAUAGCCACUAUUUACAAAGCCAUUGGAACAUUUUUAUUUGGUGCAGCUGCUAGUCAGUCCCUGACUGACAUUGCCAAGUAUUCAAUAGGCAGACUGCGGCCUCACUUCCUGGAUGUUUGUGACCCAGAUUGGUCAAAAAUCAACUGCAGUGUUGGUUACGUUGAAAACUACAUAUGUCAAGGGAAUGCACAAAAAGUGAGGGAGGGCAGAUUGUCUUUUUACUCGGGCCACUCAUCGUUCUCCAUGUACUGCAUGCUGUUCGUGGCGCUUUACCUUCAAGCCAGGAUGAAGGGAGACUGGGCAAGGCUCUUACGCCCCACACUGCAAUUUGGUCUUGUUGCUGUAUCCAUCUACGUUGGCCUCUCCCGAGUUUCUGACUACAAACACCACUGGAGUGAUGUACUGACUGGACUCAUUCAAGGAGCCCUGGCUGCCAUAUUAGUCGUGGUGUAUGUAUCUGAUUUCUUCAAGGAGAGAAAUUCUCCUUUUAAAGAAAGGAAAGAGGAGGACUCUCAUACAACUCUGCAUGAAACACCAACGACGGGAAAUCACUUUAGGAACAAUCACCAACCCUGAAGGUAGCAGAGUGCCCAGAUAAAGCUGGCCCGCUUUCUAAAGGAAAAUGAUUGCAACCAGAAGGCCAAGAGGAUGAGUUUUCUUCUUGGUGUACAAGCCUUUAAGGGACCGCUGCUGCUAUACCUCUUGGACGCCCACUUUACCUGUGUGUAUAUAGUCACAUUUAACAAUGGUUAUCUAAUAGCUCAAAGUUCAUUAAAAAAAAUUUCAAGCCUUUCACUAAAACAAUGCCCACCUGUACAUUUUUUAUUAAAAAAAUGUAAUGCUUAUGUACAAAUGUGUAUGUAAUAAUGCGAUUUCUUAGUAUGAUGCCUGAUUUAAAUAUAAUACAUACUGAAAUGGUUGAGUACAACUGCCUUGAGAUGGGAGAACCAAAUCAACACUUCUGUAAAAGCAUUUCUAGUCAACUGUGAUCAGGUGGUAUAAAAUUUAAAAUCCCACAUUCGUUUAUCUGACUUUUUAUAAGUAGAGGCUGGCAGCAAACACAAUAUCUCUCUUGAUUUUGGUGAUUCCUAAGAGAAAAGAAAAUAUGGUUUAAACUUCCAAGACCACAAAGACUGUAAUUACCCUCCGGUCAGGUUUUAAUACAACAAUCCUGAUGAUACCAAACCCUACUGGUCUAAAACACAGGAUGUCACAGCCACCUCUGAGAGCAGGGAAACUUAGAAACCAGACUCCUGCUCUUGUGACUCUAGACCCUGAAGUAGCCUGUGUCUGUGUGUGUGUGUGCAGGGGGCGUGCCGGUGUCUCAGGCUAUGCACACACUCCUGAGGAAAGGACUAAACCGUCAAAAGUAGUCAUUCAGUUGACCCAAAAGUAUGAAUUUUCAGCGUACAUAGGAGACCCUGUAUUUUCACUUACUAUGUAAAACUCUUUCUGAACUGAGACAGGACAAACCUAAACUUUUUUGCACACCUCUUCUUAGGACACUUAACCAGCAGAAACCAUUAGGUAGGGGUUGUGACUAUAAGAGCAACUCACUCAGAGCCAAAAGGUGGCUGCUGUUCUUUGACAAGAAAAAGGGCUGUGAGUUACAACAGCAAAUAUUGAGACAGAACAAACUGUAAGCAUGUUAUAUACUCCCUCCUGCCUCCUGCCUACUUCCAUUGCUACCACCUUGGACUGGCUAUCCUGGUUUUUUUUUUUCCCCCCCCCCUGGUCUCCCCACUUCUACCUUGCUAUCUACAGGCUUCUCUACAAUGCAACAGCAAGAAUUGCCUUAUAACAUCCAAACCAGAGCACAUCACUCCUGUGGUCAAAACCUCCAAUCACUUCAGGAAGAAGCCGAGGCUGGGGGCUAACAUGAUCAUCUCUUUUUUCCUUCCUACUACUCUACUCACUGUUCACUCGGCUCUAGCCACACUGGCCUCUUGCUGUUGCUUAUGCUUCUCAGGCAUACAUGAGGAGCCUUAAUACCAUCUUCUGAGUGGAGGCCCUAGGUCUAUCCCUCAAUUCCUAUUGUCUCGUCCUUUCUUUUCCUGUAGACUUAUUACCACCUGAAGUAUUUUAAUUGUUGACUUGUUUAUUGUAUGUCUCCCCACGCUAAGCUCCAUAAAGGCAGGGAUUUGUGGGGUUUUUUUGUUCACUGCUGUUAUCUGCUGGUGCUUAAAACCAUGCCUGCAAAUAGUGCACAAUAAAUAUUUACAAAUGCUUAUGUAUAAAAUCUCAAAACUUUUUCCCAGAGACACUCAGAAAUUCUGUUUAAAUACUACUAGAUGGCCCUCCAUGGCAUUCUAAGGAAGAGGAUCUGAAAAAUCUCUUCCUACAUAAUGGCCAAGAACUCAAGGCUCAAAAGAUCUGCCUUAAGUAACAGGAACAGAGCUUACAUACAGGAUACUGACCUUCUGCAAAUUUGUUUUCCAGCUCAGUGUUUCCAAUGGCUUUUGCUGCUUGACACAUCUGUCGAAGCAGUUCUUCUAGGCGCCUCAUACAACGAAUUAUGCUGCCUGUAAAGAAAAGGAAACAAAUCAUUUAUAAAAUGGAGAUAACCAGGACAGUAGAACUUUCGUUAAGAGGCAAACCUAGGAGAACAUGGGAUGAUUAGCUAGUAGUACUCUGAGGGACUUCCCAUGCAGUAAAUGAGGCAGCUGACUUGACUGGCUGCCUGAAAGGCACUAUGAAGAAUACAAAGGCAAAAAGUUGAAUUUUCCAUGCCUAAUGGUAGAGAGUCCUGGAUUUAUUAUAGUGUGUGCCCCUCAAGUUAUCUUUUACUAACAGUGGGGAGAGUUAACUCAAAGGAGAAUGUAACUUGAGCUUUGAUAAAGGAAAAAAUAAAAGCCAUUUGCCCAACA